GUCCAACUUGCAAUGGCUCGUAGUAAGCAGACGGCCCGCAAGUCUACCGGCGGAAAAGCUUCGAGAAAGCCACUGGCGAUGAAGGCUGCACGAAAAUCUGCCUCAGCCACCGGAGCAGUGAAGAACCCACAUCGUUGUCGUCCUGGCACCGUUGCUGUCAGGGAGAUCCGUCGUUACCAGAAGUCAAACGAACUGCUCAUCCGUAAACUGCCGUUCCAGCGUCUUUCUUCAGCGGCGAUGGCCCUAGAGGCGUCCGAGACUUACCUAGUGGGAGUUUUUGAAGACACGAAUUUGUGCGCCAUCUAUGCAAAGCGUGUCACCAUCAUGCCCAAGGACAUCCAACUGGCUACGACCAUUGUACCAGUGAUAGAUGUACAAAUUGAUGAUGUAGUUAUGACGGUACAUAGAUGUCUUUGAGCUAAAUUACUUUUUUAUCCGUGCUUGAGGC